AUGGCGCCUGGCUUGCUCCGUCACCCACCGGGGCUGGACGAUGCCCAUGCACCGGCUGUCUUGGGGCCAUCGCGCCUGCUGGUCUUCAACCCCGGUGUGGGGGGACCCGGGUGGCUGCUGUGUCCAGCCCAGGAGCAGGACAAGCGUGUGCUGCUUGCUUUGGUGGCAAAAGAGGUACGGACACUGUUUGUCAGUGGCCUUCCUGUGGAUAUCAAGCCCAGAGAGCUCUACCUACUCUUCCGACCAUUCAAGGGUUAUGAAGGGUCACUGAUCAAGCUAACUUCAAAGCAGCCAGUUGGUUUUGUGACCUUUGACAGCCGGGCUGGUGCUGAAGCAGCAAAGAACGCCUUGAAUGGCAUCCGCUUCGACCCAGAGAACCCCCAGACCUUGCGGUUAGAGUUUGCUAAAGCCAACACAAAGAUGGCCAAGAGCAAGCUGAUGGCCACGCCAAACCCCACCAAUAUCCACCCUGCCUUGGGCGCACACUUCAUUGCACGGGACCCCUAUGACCUGACUGGAGCGGCUCUUAUUCCAGCGUCCCCAGAAGCGUGGGCUCCCUACCCACUGUACACCACGGAGCUAACCCCCGCCAUCCCCCAUGCUGCCUUCACGUACCCAGCGGCUGCCGCUGCGGCCGCUGCUCUUCACGCUCAGAUGCGCUGGUAUCCUCCCUCCGAAGCUACCCAGCAAGGAUGGAAGUCUCGUCAGUUUUGUUAGUUCAUUA